AUGAAGCGCUCACGAGAGAUCGAAGAAGAGCUAGAUUCAGAUUCUGAACAUACACAAACGGAACCGUCCCUACGUCAAGUGUCAAAGCUCACCCAGCUUGACUCCGCCAUCGACGACGAGGAAGAUAUAGUAGCCAUGAGAUGCAAUUUGCCUCCCCACCGGGAGCCCCUGGCCUUCAGAUCCUACGACGAAUACGAGGUGCACUAUAACAAGACUCACACUAACCGAUGUCUUGAGUGCCGCAAGAACUUUCCCAGCGAGCAUUUGCUCAACGUACAUAUUGAAGAAUGCCAUGAUCCGCUAGUAACCGUCAAGAAAGAACAGGGCGAGCAUACUUACUCGUGCUUUGUUGAAGGAUGUGAACGCAAGUGCAUGACACAUCAGAAACGACGGAUGCAUCUCAUUGACAAGCACAUGUACCCCAAGAACUUCUUCUUUGCCGUUACAAGGGACGGCAUUGACGGUAGGCGGUCUCUGCUAAAUGACAGCAGUCAUCAUCGCCGCCGAUCAUCAACCAAUUCACAAGCUACCAAGAGCUCUCGACGUCGUGCCAGUCUCAAGGAGGGCGAAACCUCUCCUUCACAGCAUGAACCCAAAUCACAGCAGGAGCCCAAGUCGCCAACGGCCCAAAGGGUGGAGAGGAAGGAGGAGAAAGUCAAGCCAGUGGACACGGACAUGGCGGACCUUGCAGGUGCCAUGUCCUCGCUGUCCUUUGUCCCACCAAGCGUCCGAUUUGGACGAGGAAGAGCCGGCUUCGCCAAGAAUUAA